AUGUCCUCCGCCCCGCAGCUGCGCUCCCUGUACCGCCGCCUCCUGCGCGAACUGCCCGUCAAAGACCAAACCAGCCGCACCGCGCACCAAAAGCUGUCCGCCGCCUCGCCGCUGCAAAAGCGUCUGCGCCAGCACUUCACCACGGCCCGCCCCACCGACCCCGCGAGCCAGGCGGCCCAGGCCGAGCAGUUCGUCCAGUACAUUCAGGCGCAGCGCAUGUACGCCACGCUCAUCGAGCGGUACAAUCCCGGCAUGGGCAUGAGCGAGGAGGAGCGCGUCAGGCUGAGCGCGAGGCGGAUAGGCAUGAACCUGCCCGUUGAGUUUGAGGCGGGUGGCGAGGGCGGGAAGCAGUAG